GUGCAGAUUCCAAGUAGUAGAUUCGAGAGAGAGGUGGAGAGAGCCACAGUCUGUGCUUUUCGUUCUAUGUGUGUGUGUGCGUGUGUGUGUUUGUUUGAGCAAACGAAAGAUGGCUGACCGGUUCUUCCCAAACGACAUGCCGGAAUUUGUAGCGGAAGCACCGCUAGGCGACACGUCGUCGUCGUCGUCGUCUGAAAGAACUGAAAUCUCUUUCACAAAGCUUCUGUCGCUUCCAUACAGAACACUCUCCGACACACUCAAAAAGUCGGCUGUGGAUCUCAAAGAAACGGUGGUUAGGGAGACAUGGGGUUUAAGUGGAAAGCGAAUACAAGAUUAUACUGUCUACACUGGUGCGCUUGGUACUGCUUUCUUGGCCUUCAAAGCUUACCAAGUUACCAAGCAUCCUGGUGAUCUUAAGUUAUGCUUGGAUAUUGUUAAGGCUUGUGAUUCUACUUCAAGAGAUUCUAGCCGUGUCACAUUCCUUUGUGGGCGAGCUGGCGUUUGUGCUCUUGGUGCUGUUGCAGCAAAGCAUGCUGGUGAUGAAAGGCUACUCGAGCACUACUUAAAACAGUUCAAAGAGAUCAAACUGUCUAAUGAUUUGCCAAAUGAAUUAUUAUAUGGGAGAAUAGGAUUUUUAUGGGCCUCUUCAUUCCUAAACAAUCAUAUUGGUAUCAACACAAUUUCUCAUACUCGCAUGAGAUCGGUUGUGGAUGAGAUUAUAAAGGCUGGUAAACAAUUGGCCAAGAAGGGAAGAUGCCCAUUGAUGUAUGAGUGGCAUGGGAAGAAGUACUGGGGCGCUGCACAUGGACUGGCAGGGAUUAUGCAUGUGUUGAUGGACAUGGAACUGAAACCAGAUGAAGUUGAGGAUGUCAAAGGCACGCUACGCUACAUGAUUAAGAACCGUUUCCCUAGUGGGAACUAUCCUUCAAGUGAAGGAAGCGAAUCUGACCGUCUUGUGCACUGGUGUCAUGGUGCUCCUGGAGUUGCUCUUACCCUUGUGAAGGCAGCUGAGGUGUUUGGAGAUAAGGAUUUUCUGCAAGCUGCUAAGGAUGCAGGGGAGGUGGUAUGGAGACGAGGUUUGCUAAAGCGAGUUGGAAUAUGUCAUGGCAUCAGUGGAAACACCUAUGUGUUUCUUGCGCUUUAUCGGUUAACAGGUAAUGAGGAAUAUCUAUAUAGGGCAAAAGCAUUUACUUGCUUUCUGCAUGAUAGAGCACAAAUCCUAAUUUCAGAGGGAAGGAUGCAUGGGGGUGAUCGGCCCUAUUCACUCUUUGAAGGUGUUGGAGGAAUGGCUUACCUCUUUCUAGACAUGAUUGAACCAUCUAAGGCCCGGUUUCCUGGUUAUGAACUUUAACUUGCUUGUAUAGUAAAUCUAACUAGUACGGCCCGGUUUCCUGGUUAUGAACUUUAACUUGUUUGUAUAGCAAAUCUAACUAGAACUGCAUUUACGCCAUAUAAUGUUGUUGACCUGUUUGUAUAAGACCAAGACUUUUGCCUGUAUAUGAAAGAAGUAACUUUUCCAAACCAACAUCCUGGUUGUGAUAUUGCAUGAAAGAAACAUUCACCCAAAAAAAAAUGGCAUCAAAGAAACAAUGUGUUUGAGUA